UGGAGCUGGGAUUUCACUAUGACUGAGAUUCCCUCUCUCUCCUCUGUGUCUGUCUUUGUUACAUUGCAUUCACUGUAUCUCUAAACACAGGAAAACUCAAGGCUUUGAAUCCAAGAAUGCCAUCAAUUUCAGCAUGCUGACGAUAUGCUGUCUGUGUCCUUUUUGCAACAGAUAUGAUAUCACAUUCCUUGCAGAAGAUGGAUUACUUGGUACUGUUUAUGUGGACUUUACCUGUCACGUUACUCAAGUGUACCUCCAUGCAAUUUUUGACAAUCCUAUGGAUUGGAUGCUUAGACAAGACUUUUCAACUCUGCUGCCUCUAUUGUGUGUCAUUCGCAGCAUCCUUAAACGGUGAUGGCGAAAUUGGCGGUUUAAAUCACGAUUAUAUCUUUGUAACACCUAUUGAAGUGGACUCCAAUGGAGCUUACAUUUCGCAUGAUACUUUGCACAGUAGCAGGAAAAGAAGAUCAACAAAAAGUUCGAAGAUUUCGCUACACUAUAGAAUCUCAGCGUUCGGCCAGGAACUUCAUUUGGAACUGCAGUCUUCAUCUGUUGUAUCGAAAGAUUUUGCUGUGCAAAUUUUUGAUAAAGAUGGAUUUUCAGCAGAUGUGGAGCAGAACUUGGAUCAAUGCUUCUAUCAAGGAUUUAUCAGAGGUCAUACAAAUUCGUCUGUGGCCAUAUCUACAUGUGUGGGCAUGUCAGGUUUACUAAGGACAAGUACAAAUGAAUUUUUUAUAUCACCGCUGCCUCAGCACCUUGCAGAAGAACACAACUUCACAGCACCAGAAGGGCAUCAUCCUCACGUACUAUACAAAAGGUCAGCGGAGACCAAAAUAAAUCGUGGCAAGCCAUAUUCUCUUUCUGACUCUAUGGAUCAGAUUUAUUGGCCCAACAGUAGGCAUACUUCUAUUAAGGAAUCUUCUCAAAGUGGAAAUAUUCAUAACCAACAUUUUUGUGGAAGACGUAAAAAAUAUUCACCCACAGUAAACACGAAUGACAAAUACAUCCCACCAGAUGAAUAUGCACCCCCAACAAGAACCAAGCGAUCUGCUGCCAAAUCCCAACAUUUGGGUAGUUUGGUUGUUGAAACAUUAGUUGUGGCUGACAAAAAAAUGGUGGAAAAACAUGGGAAAGAAAGUGUAACUACGUACAUUCUGACAGUUAUGAACAUGGUAUCUAGUCUUUUCAAAGAUGGAACAAUUGGCUCUGAUAUUAAUAUUGUAGUUGUGAGUCUUCUGCUUUUGGAAGAAGAUCCAUCCGGACUGGUAAUCAAUCACCACGCUGAUCAAUCGUUAAACAACUUUUGUCAGUGGCAAUCACUUCAUACCGGAAAAAAUGGCAAAAGACAUGACCAUGCCAUACUGUUAACUGGAUUAGAUAUCUGUUCGUGGAAGAAUGAACCCUGUGAUACUUUAGGUUUUGCACCUAUUAAUGGUAUGUGCAGCAAGUAUCGAAGCUGCACCAUUAAUGAAGAUUCCGGCUUAGGGUUAGCAUUUACAAUUGCUCAUGAAUCUGGUCACAACUUUGGAAUGGUCCAUGAUGGUGAGGGAAAUGCCUGUAGGAAGGCCGAAGGCAAUAUUAUGUCUCCUACUCUAACUGGGAACAAUGGUGUCUUCUCCUGGUCGGCUUGCAGCAGACAGUAUCUGAAACAAUUUCUCAGCACAGCUCAAUCCUCCUGCCUUGUUGAUGAGCCAAAACAAGUGGGACAUUUUAAGUAUCCGGAGCAACUUCCUGGGCAGAUAUACGAUGCAGAUACUCAGUGUAAAUGGCAAUUUGGAUCAAAAGCAAAACAAUGCAGCUUGACAUUUGUAAAGGACAUAUGCAAGUCACUUUGGUGCCACAAAACAGGCCACCGAUGUGAGACAAAGUUCAUGCCAGCAGCUGAAGGCACUACUUGUGGAGUAAAUAUGUGGUGUAGAAGAGGAUUAUGUGUUAGAUUUGGAGAGCAUGGUCCAAGAGCAGUUAAUGGUGGAUGGUCAGAUUGGUCGUCAUGGUCAGACUGCUCCAGGAAUUGUGGCGGUGGUGUUAUGUAUCAGGAGAGGCACUGUACCAAUCCAAAACCACAGUAUGGAGGUAAAUUUUGCCAGGGGUUGAGUCGUAUUUACCAACUUUGCAAUACCCAUGCCUGCCCUCCCAGUACUCUUGAUUUCCGUGCCCAACAGUGUGCUGAAUACAACAGCAAGCCAUUCAGGGGGUGGUAUUACAAAUGGAAGCCAUACACUAAAGUUGAAGAAGAAAAUAUCUGUAAACUCUACUGCACAACAGAAGAUUUCGACUUUUUCUUUGCACUAUCCAACAAAGUCAAGGAUGGAACCCCAUGUUCUCCAAAUGGAAAUGAUGUCUGCAUUGAUGGAAGUUGUGAGCUUGUAGGGUGUGAUUAUAUUCUUGGAUCAAAAGCAAGUCUGGAUGCCUGCGGGAUUUGUAAAGGUGACAACUCGACAUGUACAUUUUACAGAGGGCAGUAUCUCAACCAUCAUAAAACUAAUGAGUAUUAUUCCAUUGUGACUGUACCAGCAGGAGCAAGAAGUAUCCACCUUUACGAACUUGAGACUUCAACAAGCUACUUUGCAGUUCGUAACCUAAAUAAAAAGUAUUACCUAACAGGAGACUGGACCAUUGAUUGGCCUGGAAAGUUUUUCUUUGCAGGCACUGUUUUUAACUAUCAACGAUCUUACCAACAACCUGAAAGCCUAUAUGCAGCCGGACCACUAAAUGAAACACUAGUCUUGGAGAUCCUGUACCAAGGGAAGAAUCCCGGUAUUGCAUGGGAGUAUACCUUACCCACAUCUGCAAAUGAAAACCCUUCAACAAAGAAAACAGUUUUUUCCUGGGUACCGUUGUACACAGAGUGUUCUACAACAUGUGGAGGAGGUUACAUGACUGCAAAAUUGGUUUGCCUUCAAGAUCUCCGUGUUCAAGUGAAUUCCACUUUGUGCGGACCAUGGACCAAAAAUCUCCUUCCUCCAAAAAUAUGUAAUAUUCACCCAUGUCCAGCAUACUGGAGAACAGGUGAGUGGAAUCCAUGCAGUGCUUCAUGUGGUGGUGGUGAACAGACACGUCAAAUUCAGUGUGUCCAAAAAACGGAAACAAAUACUGAGGAGUUGGUCAGCCACUCACACUGUCCCGUAAGCACUCCUACCCAAGUGCAGACCUGCAAUAUCCAAGACUGCCCAGCAGAGUGGAGCACAGGACCCUGGUCUGAGUGUUCUAAAACCUGUGGAAGGGGGAUUAACAAACGUGAAGUUUAUUGCAAAAGUGUGAGCUCAGGAAAGUACAAAGUACUACAAGAAAAUCUGUGCCCUGUGGAAGGGAAGCCUGAACCCAUCCAGAGCUGUAUAUUAACACGUUGCCAAAAAAGUGACAAACUUCAGUGGGUGAUUUCAGCAUGGUCUGAGUGUUCGACAACAUGUGGUCCUGGGAUUAAAAAACGUGAACUCAAAUGUGGUGAAAAGGAUAAUCAUGGCAAAUUAAUCACGUUCCCACAAAGAAGAUGCCGUAGCCUCUCAAAAGUGAAUAUAGCACUUGAGCAGACAUGUAACAACAGCCCAUGCCCAGUAGAAACAUCUCACAAUGUGUAUAAUGGAUGGCAUGCUUCACCGUGGCACCAGUGUUCUGUGACAUGCGGUGGAGGUGUACAAGUCAGGAACGUUCAAUGUCUUCGUCAGGGAAGACCAGCCUCUGGAUGUUUGCCACAUCUGAAACCUAUCACAUCACAAGCUUGUAACACAAACUUUUGUCCAUCUUCUGGAACAAAAGAAGAUUCAUCUUGUGUUGAUUACUUCACCUGGUGUUCACUGGUCCCUCAGCAUGGAGUCUGCAAUCACAAAUUCUAUGGAAAACAAUGUUGUAAAUCAUGUACGAGAAAGAAAAACUAUGGUGAUCCUCUGAACUUUCAUUGACAGCACGUUCCUUGAGUCUUUAAUGCAUACAUUUCCUCUGAUACUGAUAACCGUAGAUCAAGAAUUCCUCUUUGAUCUAACUGCUGAAGAAUGAACACUAUGAUGGAAAUCAGCAGAUCUUAUCAGAAUUUAAUGAAUGUUUCCAGUUACAUUUUGGAUUAAUUUAUACUGGACGGAAAUUGCAUUUUGAGCUCUCCAUUUAGGAAAAACAGGUGACCAGUGUGCAUAUUCUGAGCCAUCAUACAAUACAUACUGUGACAAUAUAGCACUUGUUAACUGAAACUAACUUUUAUAUAUUUUUUCUAAAAAAAUAUAUAAAUUCAUUUUUUCAAAUGGAUUUAUACUUUUUUGCAGAUCUGAACAAUUAUGUUAUUAAAAAAAAAUUCAGCUAAAGCUAUAUAAAAAUGUAACACUACUAGGAAACAUCUACUUUAUAGGAAAUUGCUGGUGUGAUGAUUAGAUGUUUGACUGCACAAAGGAGAAAUGUUGAGUCAAAGCAGUCCAACCUUUUUAACGGGGUAGAGCAUAUUUUUUUGAUAAUCACAAUAAUUUGGUCUUCAAAAAUGAAAUCUUCAAUAAUGAAAGCAUUGGAGAUCUCAGGCAGGCCUGAGUCCUUCAAAGAGGUUGAAGAACAUCGGAUGGCCAAGUUCUGGAGUUUACUAUGGCCAAAACCCUACAAUUAUAAAAACCAUAAAAUUACCAUAAUAUACAGAAUGCUUGAUUUUCUUCUUGUUCUUCUUAAGACUUUACUUGAACUCUGUGAACUGGAAAAUCAGACUCAUGAUUAGAAGACAAUCAUUCUUCAUGCAUUCUGGAAAUGAGUAUGCAGGGUGGAUAUUUCCAAAGCCAGUUGAAACAAAUAUCAGCAAUAUUGCAUUUUGGAUAUUGUGACACAAAGUGAUAACCAGAAAAAAAUUAAACAAGAAUAGCUAUUUACAAAACACAGGUGCUUUUUAAUUUACUUGCUGCUGGAAAAGCAAGGUUCUAUUAUGUGUCAUUACAAUUGUUUGUUGAGAGAACCCUUUUUUGUUAUUCUCUAUUGUAUUAUAA